CCGGCGUUGCUCUCUCGCUCGCUCGCCCCGCGCACGCUCCGCCUCCGCCAGUCGGCUAGCGUAUCUAGUGCGCGGCGUGGAGCCGGACCCGGGGGCGGCCGGGGCUGGGGCUGGGAGCUGGGCGCCAGCCACCGGAGAGGCCCGAGGCGCGAUGGCAGAGAUGGGUAGCAAGGGGGUGACGGCGGGGAAGAUCGCCAGCAACGUGCAGAAGAAGCUCACCCGCGCCCAGGAGAAGGUCCUCCAGAAACUGGGGAAGGCAGAUGAAACAAAGGAUGAGCAGUUUGAACAGUGUGUCCAGAAUUUCAACAAGCAGCUGAAUGAGGGCACCCGGCUGCAGAAGGAUCUCCGGACCUACCUGGCCUCUGUCAAAGCCAUGCAUGAGGCCUCUAAGAAGCUGAAUGAGUGUCUGCAGGAGGUGUAUGAACCUGACUGGCCUGGCAGGGAUGAAGCAAACAAGAUUGCUGAGAACAAUGACCUCCUCUGGAUGGAUUACCACCAGAAGCUAGUGGACCAGGCGCUGCUGACCAUGGACACAUACCUGGGCCAGUUCCCUGACAUCAAGUCACGCAUCGCCAAGCGAGGGCGGAAGCUGGUGGACUAUGACAGUGCCCGGCACCAUUAUGAGUCGCUCCAAACGGCCAAAAAGAAGGAUGACGCCAAAAUUGCCAAGCCUGUCUCGCUGCUUGAGAAAGCCGCCCCCCAGUGGUGUCAAGGCAAACUGCAGGCUCAUCUCGUAGCUCAAACUAACCUGCUCCGAAAUCAGGCCGAGGAGGAGCUCGUCAAAGCCCAGAAGGUGUUUGAGGAGAUGAAUGUGGACCUGCAGGAGGAGCUGCCAUCUCUGUGGAACAGCCGUGUAGGUUUCUACGUCAAUACAUUUCAGAGCAUUGCAGGUCUGGAGGAGAACUUCCACAAGGAGAUGAGCAAGCUCAACCAGAAUCUCAACGACGUGCUGGUCAGUCUGGAGAAGCAGCACGGGAGCAACGCGUUCACGGUCAAGGCCCAGCCCAGAAAGAAAACUAAACUGUUCUCCCGGCUGCGCAGAAAGAAGAACAGGUACCAGCAUGACAACACCCCUGCAAAAGGGAAUAAGAGCCCUUCACCUCCGCCAGACGGCUCCCCUGCCGCCACGCCUGAGAUCAGAGUCAACCAUGAACCCGAGCUGGCCAGCUCUGCCACCCCUGGGGCUGCCCUCCCCAAGUCCCCAUCUCAGCUCCGGAAAGGCCCACCAGUCCCUCCGCCUCCCAAACACACCCCGUCCAAGGAGGUCAAGCAGGAACAGAUCCUCAGCCUGUUUGAUGACACGUUUGUCCCUGAGAUCAGCGUGACCACUCCCUCCCAGUUUGAGGCCCCAGGGCCUUUCUCGGAGCAGGCCAGUCUGCUGGACCUGGAUUUUGACCCCCUCCCGCCUGUGGUGAGCCCCGUGAAGGCACCCACGCCCACUGGUCAGCCAGUCCCAUGGGACCUCUGGGAGUCCACAGAGAGUCCAGCGGGCAGCUUACCUUCCAGAGAGCCCAGUGCUGCUGAGGGCACCUUUGCUGUGGCCUGGCCCAGCCAGAUGGCUGAGUUGGGGCCUGCCCAACCAGCUGACGCCUCGGAGGUGGCGGGUGGGACCCAACCUGCGGCUGGAGCCGUGGAGCCUGGGGAGACGGCAGCAAGUGAAGCAGCCUCCAGCUCUCUGCCUGCCGUUGUGGUGGAGACCUUCUCAGCAGCUGUGAACGGCACUGUGGAGAGCAGCAGUGGGGCUGCACGCUUGGACCUGCCCCCAGGGUUCAUGUUCAAGGUGCAGGCCCAGCACGACUACACGGCUACCGACACAGACGAGCUGCAGCUCCAGGCUGGGGACGUGGUGCUGGUGAUCCCCUUCCAGAACCCUGAAGAGCAGGAUGAAGGCUGGCUCAUGGGCGUGAAGGAGAGUGACUGGAACCAGCACAAGGAGCUGGAGAAAUGCCGGGGUGUCUUCCCCGAGAACUUCACUGAGAGGGUUCAGUGAGAGCAGAGGCUGGUGCAGCUUUCCGGGCAUGUGAAGAACCUUUUCCUGAAAAAUGUGUGUUGUUUUUUUUCUGUUUUCGUUUUUAAACGUUUGGAAAGCAAAGGGAAAUUCAGAGGAGAGACCUAAGCCAAGAGAUGUUCUCCCACAGAUUCAGUUGUUUUCCAAAGAGCCUGGUUUGGGCAAGUCUGGUGGAAUCACCUAUGUUCCUGAAGCUGCUGUGUCCCCUAGUUGAGUUCCUAGCUGCCCCCACCCCUGCCCACACCCUCUGGGUGUCUGCUGCCGCUUGUGUGCCUGGCUGCAGGGCAGGACCUGGGGGCUGCAGAGCCACCACGCUUGCCUGAAGCUUCGGCCGUGCCAUCUGGGCAAGGGUCCUCCUUUCCUGGCAGCUGCUGUGGGUGGGGUCCAAUCUCUCCAUACAUCUUGGACCCAGAUAACCAUCUGGCCUGGCCCUGCCUCGCAGACCGUCUGUGUGCUGUUUGAAAAUAAAUCUUAGUGUUUAAAACAAAAUGAAACAAAAAAAAACCUGACAAAAGCUC